CUUGAAUAGUUUCUUCAUAAAGACUUUGUUGCAUAGAAAAGAAAAGAAGCUUGCUGGAUCUUCCCACCAUCAAAAGUUUUUGUUUUCAUUCCUCUGUUGCAUGACAAGUGUUCCUUUGUCUUACAAAGCUUUGCAAUCAUCCAUCCAAAAACCAUCAUAAACUUUAUCCAUUUCAAGUCUUCUAUCGCUGAGAAACUCUGCUCUGCUCAGCAUGUAUUCACAGGCAACGAAGAAGCAAAAGAUGGAUCAGGGCUAUGUCGUUGACUUCCGUAGCGACACCAUUACCAAGCCAACCGAUGCCAUGCGUAAGGCCAUGAGUGAGGCUGUGGUAGGUGAUGAUGUCUUUGGUGAGGAUCCUACUGUCAAUGAGCUACAAAACAAAGUGGCCAAAAUGAUGAAGAAGGAUGCUGCCCUCUUUGUUCCAACAGGGACAAUGUCCAAUUUGAUUGCAGUGAUGGGUCAUUGUACUGGUCGAGGUGAGGAGAUAUUGCUAGGAGACAAGUGUCACAUCUUUACAUGGGAACAGGGUGGUAUGGCCCAGUUUGCUGGUGUGUGCCCACACACAGUCAAGACCUUACCAGAUGGAACUCUAGACUUGGAGGAACUAGAGUCCAAGAUACGACCUAGUGAUGUUCACAUGGCCACCACCAAACUCAUCUGCAUCGAAAACACCCAUAAUGCAACAGGAGGCAGAGUGCUCCCUCUGGAGUUCUUAAAGAAGGUGAGAGCUAUAGCAGAUAAGCAUAAUCUAAAGGUUCAUUUAGACGGUGCUCGUCUUCUUAACGCAGCCGUUGCUAUGGAUGUUACCCCUGAUGUCAUCACCCAGUAUGUUGACUCUAUCAGUCUCUGCUUCUCAAAGGGACUUGGCUGUCCAGUGGGGUCUGCCCUUAUAGGAUCUAAUGACUUAAUCGCAAGAGCUUUGAGGCACAGGAAAGCUUUAGGGGGAGGUAUGCGACAGUGUGGUGUGCUUGCCGCUGCCGCUCUGGUGGGCAUAGAUCAAGGAUAUGCAAGACUCCAUGUCGACCAUAAAAAUGCUCAAAAGCUAUCCAAAGGUCUAAAAGAGAUGGGUAACCCAGUCUUCACAUCCAUCCCAGAGAACACACAGACAAAUAUGGUACAUGUUCUAAUACGAGAAGACAUUCCAUCCAUGCAAGCCGCUCAGCUCCUAGGAAACGUAGCUGAUGAUGAAAUUGCUACCCUUGGUCAGAGUAUUCAGGUAAAGCUGUUUCCAGAGACUGCUAACUCAUUGCGAGCUGCCAUGAAUCACCAUGUCACAGAGAAAGAUAUUGAAAUGGCUCUAAAGAAAUUCAAAUUCAUUGGAGAAAAGCUGGACAAGAAUGGACUUAAAUAAAGAGUGGUUAGGUUGAGGAAGAUUAUAAGUGAUUCAGAUUUCAGAAUUUGUUCUUGCAAGGAUUCAUCAGGGCUUAAUAUGUCAAUAGCAUAUUAUUUGGGUAAAGGAUUGUGGGAUUUUGGUUUGAGGAUUGUGGUAGUUGUGAAUGUGGGUGAGGUUAGGAAUGAAUUCAAUUUCUUUAUUUUUAUUUUUUAUUGUCUCACCUGCAUAGCAGAAGGCAUUCCACUUGUUUAUUGAUUGAUUCAUUUAUUUAUGUAUUUUAUUAUUGAUAUAUUUUCAUUUUUUAUUAUCAUUAUUAGUAUUUUUUUUUUUUUUUUUUUUGGGGGGGGGUUCAGACUAAGAAAGGCAUGGUGAAACUUCUUUUCUUUAUAAGGUUUUAACAAAUUUUUGAAGGGGUAUAAUUGUCUGUCCCCCCCCCCCUCCAAUCAACACCAAAUAUGUAUGGCUCUUGAAUGAAUUUGAUGAUGAUGAAUUGGUGAAGGAGCAAGUAUUCUGAUAAAGUAUAUUUUUCUAAAUUCACAUCAUUAUAUGACGUAAUCAUUAUGAAUUAUAUGUUAUUCUUCAUGUACAUACAAGUGCUAUGACAAAAAAUUGGACAAAGUGAAUCGUGUGAUAUUUAUUCUACCCAUCAUUCAAUCAUCUGGAAAGAAGAGUUCAAUGUGUUUACUGAUCUCUCUGAUCUCCAUUUGAUAGUAUUUUAAUCAGUAGGCCUAGAGUCACAGCGUGUCAGUAUUAGAAGUUUGUACAAUGUGUUUCACUGUGUACUAUCCUGGCUAUAAAGUGCUUUGCACCUUGCGCUAUCUUGGAUUCAAGUUAAUUGCACUGCCUAUCCUCUUUUUAAGCAUAUCUGAAAGUGAUAUAACAUGAAUUUGUGUGCUGUGACACAUGUCUACUUCUGUGAGGGGUUAAAUUGAAAUUUCUGUUUCAAAAGUUUGAUUAAGUUGAGAUUGAUGCAUUUGUUGUCUUUCUGCUUUUGGCUGAGCCUGCCAAAGGCUUAAAAAAAAGGUUUACAGUAACACAGAGGUAAAAAUACCUGGGUUGGCAAUUUACGCAACUUAAAGUAAAAUUAUGUAGAUCUAAGUAUAGAUUGUCGUAUCUCCUCCACCAACAUACUGAAAUGUAUUACUCAUUGUUGGCACUGGAGAGGCGUAUUCUAUUUAAGCAAAUUUUUUUAAAGAAAUCAUAAAUCUGGACCCCAUCUUACGAAGAGUUGCAAUUAAUCCGAUCAAUCGUAACUAUGGAUGGCCAGCAACGUCUAUAAUGCAUGUUUGUUCAAAAUAUUUCUAACUAUGAUGUAUAUUCAUGCAUUCAUUAUUUUCUUGAAAAUUUAAUGUGCUUCUCUUUGUUUACAAAGGGCAUUGGGCAAAUUUCCUGCAGAAAAAAUUAUGACACUGAUGGAUUUCCGUAGAGUUACAAUUGAUUGGAUCAAUCGUAACUCUUUGUAAGACGGGCCCCUGAACAAUCUGAUAGUAAAUCAUCCAACAGAGUUGCUUGCCCAGUAUUACUACAAACUUUAAAAAAAAAUAUUCCAAUGAAUCAAGUUAUUAAAAAAAUAUGAACGUGAAAUACCUUUAUUGUGAAAGAUUUGUAUUGUUUUAAGUGUGAAUAGCAUCAUACAUUAUCAAAACUAAUAUACACAUUGAAAUGAAAUUGUUCUCAAAGGUGUUUUAUGUGUAUCAAAGUCAUUGAAAUAGCAUUGCUUGCCCAUAGUGACUGAAAUCAGUUUAAAACAUUCAUUGCUAUAAUAUGUUGGAUAACUCUGCCUUCAAUCCAAUCCUAAUUAAAUUUGUAGUAUCUGAUGUGUUUUCAAGUAGUAUUUGAAAAAUAAUUUGCACAAGAGAGGUUUGCAAGCACAUUUGAAUAGGGUAUUAUUAUAAUUUUUUUUGCUGUUCAUUGAUAUAGUUGCACAGGUACAUUAUAGAUGGUAUGCUGUAUAUCAACCUCAAAUGAUAUGCAUUAUAGAUUUAAUUUAAUUAACAUCAUAUGUUUGUUUUCUUUCAAUUAUUUACAGUUACAGAGUAGAUAUAUUGUAUUUUAAUUUUGCCAAUAGAAUGUUUGAAAGGAGAAUACUGACACUAAUGAAUGAAAUCUGCCACACAGAUGAAUUUGACAAAUUUCAAUUUACCUGUCUAACAAGGGAUUAAUUUAGUAGAGGCCGAUAGUCUCGAGUCUGCUGGAGAAAACCUUCUUCCAUAGACAUUGUACAUGUAACUCAGGCUGAGACCAAGGCCGGUCUUAACUACUUUCCUGGUAUGUAAAUUUUAGAGUGGGGUAUUUAGAAUAAUAAUGUUGUAAUAUUGAUAAAAUUGAAUGUUGAGUUGUAAAAUAAUGUACUGGUAAGUUUAAAGGAGUUUGCCUAUAAAAACCAUGCCAUAGUUUGAUUCGCCUUACCACAUGUAUCAUAGGAAUCUGUCUUUAAAGACCAUCUUAUAAAGACUGCUUUUCUUAUCUUCCAUGUGUGCUCUUUAUAUUCAGGUUUCACUGUAUUCAUAACAUGAAAUCAUAGUGGCAUUGAUGACCAAAGCUGUAUUAGAUCAGAUUUAUAUUAUGAUCCAAAAUAUUUUAUUUGCUCAUGUGGUGAUGUACACUAUUUAAAUGUUUAUGUGAAUAUGUUAAUGUAUAUAUAAGAAUUCUAACUACCAAGGCAUUAAAGAAUUACUAGAAUGAUGAUAUACCUUUUGAAACAACUAAUAUCUAAAUCUGUAUGAAUAAAGCAAUUUAUAAACAUA